AUUACUGGUGCUACAAAAUGACAGGAUUGAGGACAAUCUCGUCAUUUUCGCUGGGGCUGGGCCUUUGGCUUUUGCCUUUUGGCCCCAAGGGCGUUCGGCAUCCCCAAUUUUUGUUGCGUAACUUGCGUUGAUGGAAAAAGAAGAUGGCGACCAGCCAAGAAUCGGAGAUUAAUUCAUAUCUAAUGGUGGCAGAAGAGGGAGAGGUGGCGGAGGACCUGAUCGAGAUCCUGGAGGCAUCGUCGAUGCCGAUUGACCUCGCACGGUAUGUGAACCACGUUUGCGACCCCGUCGUCGGAGCCAUUGCCACCUUCGAGGGCACCACCCAUGACACCUUCGGGGAGAAAUGCAUCCUGGAGCUCCGGUACGAGGCCUAUGUCCCCAUCGCACUCUGGCACCUGCGGGCCAUCUGCUCUGAUGCUCGCAUUGCUCGACCCCACCACCGCCUCGCCGUCGCCCAGCACCUCAGCACUGUCCUCAUCGAUGAGGCCAGCAUCUUCGUGGCAGCAUCAGUGGUGGAUCGGGUGGACACGCUCGAGGCAUGCUACAUCCUCAUCGAUGAGGUGAAGGUGUCGGUGCCCAUCUGGAAGAAGGUAUGAGCAUGGCAGCUCGGGUGUUGGGACGGAUGAUUUUUUUUCUCAUUCUACUGGAAUGAGAUUUUGAUUCCGUUCGAUUAAGCCCGAAUUCAAUGAAAGAAGGAAUAGAUCAUUCCCAUUCCUUUCUGAAAUAGGACUCUCCCCAACCAAACAGUUAGAAUUGGAGUCAUCCAUUCUGAUUUCUAUUUCAGACUUUAA